AUGGUACUGCUAAGAGAUUUCGAAGGCGGGGUUUAUACAUUCAAGAGUAAUUCAGAAUGCUUGGAUUUGGGCAUACCUACUCCUGUUCUCCCAGAGAAAGUGCGCGGCCACAUGGUCCUUGUCCUCGGUGGUGUGCCAAGAAAGUUAGAUUAUGUGAAAGUUAUGACAAUCACCUCGACGUUGAAGGAAGACGGCGACUACGUCCCUAUUGCGCCAACACUAAAGAACGGCUAUACAAUUCAACUACAACUUCGAAACUACCUUGUAUGGCAUCAUCGAGAAACUCUGCGAUUCUUUCCGGUAUUGCAGAAGUAUUCAUACUUAAAGAUCGAUUCAUACUACGAGGUGCCAAUACAGAUGUUAGUUAACGUUAGAGAUCAUUUCAACAACGCUUUUGUGAUUAGGUCCAAAGGUCAAGGAGGUCUAAGACAGCUUCAAGACUAUGUUCGCCGUCGUGAUUUGAUUCGCACGACAGAGUCACAUGAUGCUGGACCUUCCAGUAUGAUUCAGUCGGAUGAGAAGUGA